AUAAAUAUUGUUUGAUUGAUAGAUCAGUGAAGAUUAUGAAAUUGAACUGAUACAGUUAAACAGAACUCUAGAAAGAAGAUAAUAAGUAGAUACGCUUUAUGCUCACUUUUAUAAUUAACUACAAGUUUCAAGUUACAUGACAGUUAUAAAAUACUGAAUUCAAAAAUUGACAAGGAAUUAUUUUGAUAUUUGAAUCAGAAACAAGGACAUGAGGUGUUAGACAUUCGGGUAUUAUUUGAAUAAAACUUUCAGGAUGGAUUGUAAUGGAGCAUGUCUUCAAAGCGUAAGAAUACGCCUACCAAACUUCCCCGUGACGACGUCGUAAAUGAGCGACCAAUCUACAACACAUUACCUCAGGAGAAACAUUUUGACUUUAUCCAUACCCUUGACUACCAGUCCCCUCUCCACAUCGUUCAGGGCCACUGUAACGGCGUGGACAGCCAAGACUCAGACAGCAACAGUGCCGAUCGUGAUCGCCCUACAAACAAGAAACAAAGAAUAUUGCAGAGCGUUCGCAGUGGCUCAGACUCGGACUCCGAUCCUGAAAACAACUACCACACAAACAAUAACUCAACAAAGCCUGGGUUUGGGUUACACAAGAAAUCCAUGGAAAGCGUGUUACAGCGUCUAGGUUCUCACAAACCUGGUGACGCGCUUAGUGACCGAGCAUACCUAGAGCAACUAGCAAUGACGUCGCAGCAGUCAGCAGCGGACAUGCAGAUGUUCAUGAACAUUCAGAAGCUGCUCGCAGACACAACAGUGCAAGACAAGGAACAGAAACUCAACGAGAUGAUUGCUCAGCUACAGACACUCAAGGACAGCAUACGCAAGGACAAACAGAGCUCUGAAGAAAGGUCCCCGAGUCCAGAUAACCAGAAAUAUGAUGUGCCACCCCACAUGGCAGUGCAUUCAAGAAUGUCACCAGUGAUGACACCUGGGUUCAACAUGGAGGCCAAGAGUCACCCAUCUCCACCGUAUUCUACAUCCCCAUACAGACUGUCCCCGCCGGCACAUUCCAGCCCCACCCCCUCUGACCACCACUCGACUCCAUCCCCUCGCCAUGACUCUGCCACCAGCCCAUCAGUCUCAGCUCUUCACACACCCAUGUGGCUUGGAACCCCCAGGGAAAGCAGGGAACACCCCAGUGACCAGGACGGUCCACUCAACCUGUCCAAGCCUAGGUCUGAACCUAUAAAACGUGAGCACAGUGGAGAACGUCACAGCUACUCCAUGCACUUCAAUGGCUUGGAGCAUGUGACCACGCCUCCACCAGCACACAGGAACCACAAGGCAUGCCACAACUCCAACAAUGCCAUCACAUCAGCUAACAACAGUCUGAGCUCACCACCUAUUCCAUCAACCCCACCAAAAGUUUCGCUGCCGGAGACCUCCUCCCCCAUGUUUCCGGGGAUGAGGCCGCCAUUCCUGCCCCCUCAGUACAGCCCUUACCUGGGACUGACAGGUCACCUUCCUGUCUCCAUGCUCAACAACAACUUCAGUGCUGCCCACACUGCAUACCUGAUGAACGGUGGAAAACUUCCUGGCCUUGACAAUGACAAGGAAACAUUGCUUCACGAGACCCUGGCACGUCAGUUUGCUGCUGCCCAACACUCCGCCCAUGGUCCACCAGUUUUCCCGGGUUUCGGGCUUUCCAUGUAUUCCCAGGCGUCCCACCUCUCCCCACACAACAUCUCUGCCAAGGACCGCAACUCUGAGCAACUCCGCUCAGACAGCACAUCACCUACAAGCAAGAUGUUUGGAGCGAAGAUCAUCCGAACCCAGAAAGACAAGCCAGAGCCCAACCGGCCACACAUCAAACGCCCGAUGAACGCCUUCAUGGUCUGGGCUCGAGAGGAAAGAAGGAAAAUACUCAAGGCCUGCCCUGACAUGCAUAAUUCCAACAUCAGCAAAAUACUGGGUGCAAAGUGGAAGGCAAUGUCCAACGCAGAGAAGCAGCCGUUUUAUGAGGAGCAGUCUCGUCUCAGUAAACUGCACAUGGAGAAACACCCAGACUACAGAUACAGGCCAAGGCCAAAGCGUACCUGCAUAGUUGAUGGUAAGAAGCUGCGUAUCUCUGAGUACAAGAACCUGAUGCGGGCGAGACGUCAGGACAUCCGCCGGGUCUGGUACGGCGAUUCUGGGACCACAUACGUCGAAGGUUUGCUCAAUUCAGAACAGGGAGGUCCAGGGUCAUCAGGGUCAGGUCUGUCAUCGUCCCGCCUCAUGUCUCCAUCAGAAAUGGCCGCCAACGGGCACGACAUGGGCCCACACAGCGGCAGCGAUCAGAGUGACGAGGAAGAUGUCAGCAUGGAUCCAGUUCAUGAGGGCGCUUGCCUCAACAGUGAAGAUGACAAUAUAAGUGAAAGUGUUGACCAUUCAGAAGACACAUCAAUGGAACUGUCAUAUACAAGUAGUGAAAACCAUUCUGAAAACUUCAAUGGCUCAGAUAUUACAAACAGAAACACUCAGAAUGUACACGUUUCUUUGUAGAAGUUUACAUCCAGAUGGGAAGAGUCUCACUGAAUUGUACUGACUGGCUUGGGCCAUCACUAUUUUUAGUGACUGUUGUAAAAUGUUGCUAGGUAGUUUAGGCCUUGAAUGGUGCUAGGGAGAAGUGAGGGGAGAGAAUCCAUGACAAAUAAGGGAACUAACUCUUGUAGAGUUGGUUUAAUAUGUAAAACAUGUUCAAUUAUGUGUUUGACUGUUGACUAUGGUGCAGGUCCAAGUCCUCUGCCACAUUCAUGUAUGUCUGUUCGUCUGUCUGUUACUUGACAUGACUAGUAGCUUGUAGCUAUUAUAGAAACUAUAUGUGUAAACUUGUUCCUGUAAUUGUUAUCUUAUGGUUAUUGUUUGUAUAUAUAUUGUUAGAAUUCAGUCUCAAUUUUCAUUAAUACUAUAUGUGGUAGAGAAUGUAUAAUAUGACAUGUCAAUAUUGUUAUCAACAAAAUGUUAUAUAAAAUAGAUGAAUGUAUUGCAUAGCUUAUUUAUAGUUUAGAAAUAGAAUGAUUCUGACAUGAAAUCCAUAAUAAUAGAAAAAAUCCAAAACUUAGGACAUACUAAAUUUAAAACAUCUUGUAUUUCUCAUUCUUCUGAUGUAUAUGAUAACGAGAAUUUGAUGCCUUCAUUUAAAGUCUGGCUGCAUUUAAAUUGGGGUCCAAGCAUUGUAGUGGCAAACCAGACUGCAUUUAUCUUUCAGCUUUGCAGAUGGGGCUUGAAAGCUGCCUUUCAAGUCAUGUCCCAAUUAUGAUAAUUGUUUAGUUUUUGUGCCAUUCACAUUAAUGUGUUCAUUUUGAUAUGACAAGACUAAUGUACAAUUCUUGUUCAGUCUUAAAGGUCUACCAAAUUGGCAAGAGUAAAUAUGCUAAAUGCAUAUAAAUGUACAUAUUAAUAUGAUAAGUCUAUAUUUGGUGCAUGUUUCUGAAACUCGAUUGAGUGCCAUACUUUUGCAUUUACUGUUAGAUAAUUUUCUAGUCACUUGACAUUUUUGUAUCUGAAAAUCCAUGUUUUGUUAUAAAUCCCUCAGUUGAAAUCCAUUUCCUUUGCAAGAAAGUUAAGUAUAGAUGUUUGUAGCAAUUACAUGUCCUGUUCUAAAUAACCAAGUUUUUCAGUAAUUACAAUUAAUACUGGGUUGUUUCCCCUGAACAAUACUCAAUUGCGCCUGUGUACUCCAAAGUCCGUCUCAUAUCAGGCAAUGGGUACAAACAAGGCUUACAUUUACUGAUUGAAUGUAUUCUAGGGAUGGUUGUGUGUAAACAAUUACUUUCACAAGACUUUGUUUGAUCUCAAUCAUGUAGGUUUCAACGAACAAUGACAAGUUUAUGGUACAAAACGUACACUGCUGUACUUGUAAUACUCUGAAAACUUUUGUAAAACUGGGAUAUAUUUUAGACAUUAAGUUUAUGGUUGCUUAUAUUUGUACAAGGUAGUAUUGUGUAAAGAAUAUAUGUGCCAUAUAUGGAUGGUGUAGAGAGAUAAACAUGUUCUAGGUAACACUGUCUGCACUUUUAUUAUGCUUGUAGAUGAAUUUUACAGACCUGUCCUGAACUCUGUUUCAGCAUUCAUGUAAUGUUUGUUUUCCCCGUAAAAGUUGAAAAAUAAUAUUAUAUGUUCUGGAAUAGAGUUGAGUAAAACUGCAGGUGUAGUUCUUAACUGUCCAUGACAUGCUUCUAGUCUGCUUGGUAUGACAGUUGUCCAGAGUCACAUGGCAUCCCGCUGACCAAUCAAACUUUAGGAUUUUGUCACAUGAUAUAGUAAUAGAAAUAAAAAUGCAUUUAUUUUAAUCAGGUGCUUAUUUUUGUUUUGCGAGCCAUUGGAACAAACUGAUGUAUUGAUAUAUAAAGUGUACAUAAUUAAUGAAUGAACAUGAUUGUAUUAUGUAUUGCAGGAAAUCCGUUGUUGUUUAUAAUGUCUACAAAUGGCCAUGUUUAGUGACGUCUGGAUAGACAUUUAUUAUCCAUUCUUUUUUUAGUUAUUUUACUUAUUGGUUAGAUUCUUUUAAUACUUUAUUAGCUGCUGCUGAUGUUACUUAUUCUACUUGUUACUGAUCAGUUAUAGAAAUAUGUCUAUUAAAAUGAUGAAAAUGA